AUGACUAAUCAACUAACCCAACUGAUAUCUUCUAUUCACCAAUCUUUCGAAGUUCCAUCUUCAAAUUAUACAUUUGAUUCAUUUCCUGCUGAUUUGAAUCAAACUGAUUUUCAAUCAAGCAGUUCUGAAUAUGAAAUAUCUGGACAACAGUGUUAGUUUUGAUGGGAUAAUUGAAAUUGUAACUCUAUCAUUAACAUUUUUCAGUUUUAUUGCCAUUGCUCAUAUUAUGUGCAUUCUUAUUUAUGAUUAUUUGUUGUAUUUGUCAUUGCUUUCUCUGGUUGAUUUUGAAGUGUAUCAAAAAAUCGAGCGUAGAAAACAGUUCAAUUGAAACAGGAAAAACCAACAGCACAGAAACCAGCAAUUCAACUUCGAAUACAAAUUCAAUAAAUGUUUAA